AUGGACUUGCUGGAACAUAUGUCUUUUCAGGCCGGUUCCGAUUACAACGAGAGGCUAAUCCUCAUUUCCAAGAACGAAACAGUCCCAUGUCCGGACAUCCCAGUCGAGUGGAUUACACAUGAUCUAUGGAGAGAUAUGCGAAAGUGCGAUGAAGAACUGGCAAAUCAUAUUUUAGAGCCAGUCUUCACUUUUAUGCGGGCGCAAACAGACAAGUCUCGCCUGAACAUUAAGGAGCUUGGCAGGUACUUGAAGUACCGUGAGGGUGACGUUGGACAAGCCCUACUCUCGGCACUUAUGCGUUUCUGUAUGAAGCUGCACCUUAGUCCAGAGGAACUAGAGUCCGUGAACGAAUUGGAACUGAACUGCGCCAAGCAUAUUUCCGUUGUCAACGAUAUCUACAGCUGGGAGAAGGAGCUUAAAGCGUCGUAUGAGGGUCAUCCAGAAGGCUCAGCUGUUUGCUCAGCCGUGUCAGUCUUGUCUGGUGAAACCAGUUUGAGCAUUGCAGCGUCGAAGCGAGUCUUGUGGACUAUGUGUCGGGAAUGGGAACUCGUGCAUGAUAAUCUUACUAAAGAUCGGAUGCAGUCGAUGCCAUACAGCAAAGACUUGGAGGCCUUUAUGAAAGGACUGGAGUAUCAAAUGAGCGGCAACGAAGCAUGGAGCAGGUUGACACCUCGGUAUAACAACGUGUAA